UGCAGAUUAGGGUCUUGGCAGAAUGGGGAGACCACAUGUGCUGCUCCUCCCAUAUCCUGCACAGGGCCAUGUCAAGCCACUCAUGGAGUUCGCCCAUCGCCUGGCAGAGGAAGGCUUCAUGGUCACCUUUGUCAAUACCGAUUUCCUUCACUCUCGCAUAGUGAUGUCGCUUCCAGAGACCUUCCCCAGCGAGUACAGUGAGAGGAUACGCUUGGCAUCCAUACCGGACGGUCUGGACUUUCAGGAUGAUCGAUGGAACUUCAAAGAAAUGUCGAAUGCCAUGCUCCAUGUCAUGCCCAGGUUCUUAGAAGAGCUUAUUCUGAAGAUCAACGAGGACGAAAAGGAAAAGAUAACGUUCAUGAUAGUCGACGGCAUGAUUGGUAAUCUUCUGAGCGUUGCAGUGAAGCUAGAAAUCAGGAGAGCGGUGUUCUGGCCGGCUUCCGCUUGGUUCUUAGCCAUCUUCAAAGAGAUUCCUUUGUUGCUUGCCUCUGGAACCAUAGAUGAAAAUGGGUUUCCUAAAAGUGAUGCACCGAUCCAACUCUCGGAAGCAAGCCCAGCCCUGGAUCCUGCUCACUUAUGUUGGAUGAACCUGAGAAAUUCCGGCAUGAAUUCGGCACUUUUCCGGUUCUUCCACAAGUGCGUGGAAACAAUAAAAGGCGUCGAUCACAUAGUCUGCAACUCAUUCUCCAAACUCGAAUGGCCAUUCUUGGAGAUCAUCAGCGGUGUUGUUCCCAUCGGCCCUCUGGUCUCAGCCAACCAUUCCAAGCACCAACCGUCCUCAUUCUGGCAGGAAGACUGGAGCUGCCUUGACUGGCUUGAUCAGUGGCCUUCCAGCACAGUAAUUUAUGUCUCACUGGGCAGCAUUACCAUGCUCAACCAGCGCCAAAUUGACGAGCUAGCACUCGGUCUCGAGCUUACCGGCAGGCCCUUCCUCUGGGUUUGCCGGCCGGGCGUCAUGGAGAAAGAAGAUGCGCUGUACCCGGAAGGAUUCGUGGACCGGAUAUCGACGCACGGACUCGUUGUGGCAUGGGCGCCGCAGCAGGAGGUGCUGGCACAUCCAUCUGUGGCCUGCUUUCUAACCCACUGUGGUUGGAAUUCAACCAUGGAAGGGCUGAGCAAUGGAGUGCCCAUGUUGUGCUGGCCUUACAUUGGCGACCAAUUUCAGAACCAGAGUUACAUAGUUCAUAUUUGGAAGGUGGGACUGAGCUUGACACAGGGCUGUGAUGAGCUUGUUACGAAGGAAGAAAUCAAGAGCAAGUUGGAGGCUUUGUUAAGUGAUCAUGGCAUCAAAGAGAGGGUCGUUGAGUUGAAGAAGCAGGGUGAGAUGAUCAUGAUGGAGGGCGGUGAAUCGUUUAGGAGAUUCCAUGAUUUUCUCUCUGUCAUAAAAGGUGAACUAUGAAGCCUUAUGAUUGGCUUCCUUCUGCAUGGGCCAAUUCUUUCCUUGUCUUUUCCUUUAUUUGGUUCUUGUUUUAGCUUUCAUGGAGGUCGGGCUGUUGACAAGAGGAAGAUCGGAACCAGACCCAAGUCAGGUUUGGUCAUAGAGAAAGAGGUCCAAUUAAAAAUGUAGGUUUCAAGACAUGGUAGAUUAAUUAUAGUCCAAUUUCUUGUCUACGAAAUUUGAUAAUAUAAUAUUUCCUAUUUGUGUUCCUCAACUGUUAAUAAAAUAAGAAAUAAAAUUAUCACUUGAUUACUGCUAA